GAUGGAGGGUCUGGCGUACGGAGCCGGUAAAGCGGGAGGCGCGUUCGAUCCCCAGUCGUUUAUCAGGCAGCCUCACUCCGUGCUGAGGAUGGUGUCCUGGGUUUUCUCCAUGGUGAUUUUCGGCUCGAUUGUGAACGAAGGCUAUGUGAAUCGCCCGAACGAGGCAGAGGAGCACUGCAUCUUCAACCGGAACCACAGUGCCUGUAACUAUGGCGUCACCAUGGGGACCCUGGCCUUCCUGUGUUGCCUGGCCUUCCUCGCCCUCGACGUCUACUUCCCUCAGAUCAGCAGCGUCAAGGACCGCAAGAAAGCUGUGCUGGCGGACGUGGGCGUGUCCGCGUUCUGGUCUUUCAUGUGGUUCGUGGGCUUCUGUCUCCUGACCAAUCAGUGGCAGGCGUCAAAGCUGGAGGACAACCCCCUGCAGGAGGGUGCGGACGCAGCGAGAGCCGCCAUCGCCUUCGCCUUCUUCUCCAUCUUCACCUGGGGAGCCCAAGCGUUCUUGUCUCUUGAAAGGCUAAAGAGCAUCUCGUUUGAAGAAGAGUCCAAUAAACUCUUCACACCCCGACCCACUCCCCCCCCCUCUGGCCUGACCACCCCUCCGACCAGCAAUUCUCGCGCCUUGGUACAGUCCAAGUCUUAGGAACCCGCCCUGAGUUGGUCCAACCCAAAUUCUGUUCACCUCGAAGCGCCGUACGCUGCUGUGCUGUGGGUGGGUGUCAAGACGUCUGGAAACACCAGCAAUUGUUCCAUCUGUUCUAGCCCGGACGUUCGUCACAGCCGUACCUGUCAUUAGUCAACGAACCCUGGCGACGCUUUCAAAUAGCGGACGCAAAAAUUCCUAACGGAUUCCAGGCGAAUCUCGCAGGAUUACACUCGUGAAAACCCCACGUCAUCUGAGUUCUGAAGCCAUUCGUCUUUGAAUCCCGCCCGGCCGACUUCUCCUCGCCCCUUGGCGUGUGAGUAAGGGGGUGCGAAUUAGUGAAGAACAGACAGUGAAUUCACGAGGGUGGAGGGGUAAGAUGAGUUUUCAAAUGCUGAUGAACGGACGGGGCUGCAUUGGGAAUGGCUUCAGAACUCAGAGGAAGUUCCGGAGAUAUGCGGGUGUCAUUCCUGUGGGAUUCCAGUUCGCAAGCAGACAGCUUUGCUGGGUGUAGGACUGUCACAGCGAAACAGGACCGUGUCCCAGGAGGGUGCGACUCUUCCAAGGCGUGCGUGCCUCUCCCGCGACGAGAGGGCAGAGAGACGCUGGUCUGGGGUUUGGGUUGAGAAUGCUGCUUUAAUGAGGGCCGACACCUUGACUUGAGCUGACUAACGUGAUGUGUUAACCACACUAAUCAAACUGCUGUUCUCUUUUCUUCUUUACCCUGUCUCCCUUCCUCUCUCCCUCUGUCUCCCUGUCUCCCCCUCUCCCUCUCUCUCUCUC